AUGUUAUCAGCGAAAUUCAAUUCUUCUAAUAAAACUUCUUCUUCAGUUGAUUCUUCCAAACUUAAUGACGACGUAAAUUACAAAGAUUCUAACGAAACUGCUGCUGUACCUGAUGAAACUGUUGUUAAUAGUACCGAUAGUGAAAGCAAUGUUAUUGCAGGUUCAAAUAAUAACAAGAAAAUUUCUCCUUUAAACAAUGAUGGGAUCAUCGAAAACAAUAAAUCUGAUGAAAUUUAUCAUGCUAAAGAUACGCCACCAAAUACUCCAACACGAAAAUCAUCAACAACAUCUAUUAACCGAAUUUCAUCAUCACAGCCUACUACAAGUGCUUUACAGCCUUAUGUCAUCAAUGAUGUUGACAAAGGAAAAAAACAAGACGGAAUUGACGAAUCGACAUUACCAGGCAAUUCAACUUCUCUUCCAACGACUGAAAUACCUGACGCAAAGGUCUUGGAAAGUACGGCUACCAGUAGUUCAACCGUUGUGGAUAAUGUUACUGAUGGUAACAGAAUGGCUAAUCAAAGUACUGAACGUGAAAUCGUAGUCGCCAAAGAUGAUGGUGAUAAUAAAAAUAACAAGAGCAUUUUAAAGAAAUGGAAAAGGAAGGUUAAUAACAGCGUAAAGAAAGCCAUUAGAAAGAUUUCCAGGUAA